UUCCUUUUUUCCACUCAACAAGAACACUCUCAUUAACACUCCAGUAAAACCUAUGAGCAUUUCUGUAUUGUCGAUUCCAACUGUGGCGGCCAAGCUCGGACGGACAGCUGCGGCUGGGUCGUUCCUCUCCCUAGUAAGCAUCUUCCGCGGCGAUAUCACACGGCUCUCUGUGGAUGCAAUCGUAAACGCAGCCGACAAUGCGUUGCUGGGCGGCGGGGGAGUCGACGGGGCGAUCCACCGGGCGGCCGGGCCGCGGCUGCUGGCCGAAUGCCGCACACUGAACGGGUGCGCAACUGGCGCGGCCAAAAUCACAAAGGGCUAUGAUCUGCCGGCCACGUACGUGAUCCAUACGGUUGGCCCGGUGGGCGAGCAUCCGGAGCUGCUCCGGAGCGCGUACAGGAGCUCGCUGGAUGUGGCCAAGAAGAAUGGCGUAAGGACGAUUGCAUUCCCGUGCAUUUCAACCGGCGUGUUUGGGUACCCCGCCGAGGCUGCAUGCAGGGUGGUGUUGGGUGCGGUCGAGGAGUGGCUGAGGGAGAAUGGUGGGGCGAUUGAGCGCGUUGUCUUUUGCAUGUUUAAUGAUCAGAGUGAGCGCAUUUAUUCGGAGCAGCUGGCGAACUUCUAGAGACGGGAGGCCAGCUGGAGUUUUUUCUGCGUGUAGAGACAAUAUACUGAGGAAGAUCUGGUCACAUGGCAUGCUAAAUGAUGGAGG